AUGCCGUCCAUGUACGAUCGUAUCCGUGAGGAUCUCCUCAACAAAGAGCAAGCACUAUGGACUGCUCUUACCUCUGCGGAUCCAGCACCUGCAGUGAAGAAACUGUGCAACCCCGAAGGCAACUUGAUGUUCCCCCAAAUGCCGGAUGUCUUGACCCUCGAAGACGAAGACAAGUUUCACGAAGCCUUGAAGCCACCAUUCCAUAGGUUCGAUGGGUACCAGCUUGAUGAAGUAAGAGUCAUCAUUAUCGAUCUUAUGGCGGGCGCUGUCACAUACAAGGUCCGCGCAGUGAGGGGGAAGAGGGAGUACCGGGCGACGUGCUCAUCCACAUGGGGCCAAGGGUCAGAUGGAGAGUGGACUCUCUUCUCCCAUUCGGAAACACUGCAGUAA